AUGCAGGCCCCCGAGAAGCGCCGCGGCGGAAGCCACGUGCUGCGCACCGGCCCCGCGCACGCCGGCCGCCGCGCGUCCAGCUCCGGCCACGCAGCCGCCAACGCAAACGCCCAUUCCAACGCCGGCACCAACGCCGGCACCAACCUGCCCGCCCUGCCGCCGCGGGCUGCCAUUGUCAGCGGCAGCGGCAGCAGCAGUAGCACCGCAGCGCCCCCCGACGAGCCCCAUGACGGCGCCACAUGCAACGCCGGCGGCGCUCCGCCGUCGGCGCCGCUGGCGGACCGCAGAGACAAGGACCGGGACCCCGGCGCGGGGCUUCACGGCGGCGCCAAGGACAAGCAGGCGAGGGAGCGGGAGGCGCUGGCGCGGGAGCAGGACGAGCGCAUCGCCUACCUGGAGACGGAGAUGGGCAUCAUGGAGCGCGAGUUCCGGCGCGAGCUCGACAAGCUCAGCCAAAACGAGAGCGAGACGGCCAUCUUUUGGCAGGCCAAGCACAGCGCCCUCAACCGCCAGUUCCUCGACUCGGACACGGAGCUGCGCGUGCUGCGCGCCGAGGCCGACAAGCGCAAGGCCGAGCGCGACGAGCUGCUGCAGGGCUGGGAGGCGCUGCGGCGCGAGCUGCGCGAGCGCGACGACGAGGUCCGCGCCCUGAGGGCCCAGGUCCGCGGCCUCAAGGAGUUUGUCAGCACCAGCACGCGCACCGACGGCCAGACGAGCGACGAGGUCUUUGGCGACGGCGUGGCCAAGCUCGGCAACGGCCUCCAGAACUGGGUCAUUGUCAACUUUCGCAAAGCCAAGCUCGAUCUGUCCCGGGCCGACGAGGCGACCCUGGCGGAGCUGGGCGAGCUGGUUCCCAUGUACGCGGACCUGGUCCACACGGCAAAGAUCCACGUGCUGCAGUCCAUCGUGUCCAAGAUCUUGGUCGACAUGGUCUUCAACGCCUACUUUGUCGGGCUCUCAGACGAGGAGACGCGCCACUUUAGACAAAUGGAGGACCUCCUCUGCUCAUUCGGUGCGCCCCCCUCCCUCCUCUUCUCCCCCUCCGUCGACGCACUUGGCCUUUGGCAGCCGGCUCUCCUUCUGAACUACGGCUCACACCUGUUUCCACCCGCAGCCGCCUCAGACGAGGCCGUCAACCAGUGGCGAUCGUCGACGCUCGCCCUCCUCCGCCGCGAAGCGCCCCAGCUCCUCCACGCCGAGACGAGCGCCCUUGUCGAGAGCGUCGUGGCCCGCAUCAACCGCAUCCUCGACGCCAUCACCGCCCCCGCCGCCGCGCCGCCCUCGUCGUCGUCGGAGCAGCCCGCGGCCCCGCGCCUGUCCGAGACGCGCGACGCCGCGCUGCGGGUCCUCGUCAACAGCGCCGUCGAGCUCGCGCGGCUGCUGGUGGUGCAGCGGGCCGUGUUGCGCGUGCACAUGCCCGAGGUGCUGCCUCACGCGCGCGUCGUCUUCGAGCCCGAGACCAUGGAGGACGUGGGCGGCCUCGAGGAGGAGGCGCUGACGACGCGCGAGAUUGGCUGCGUCGUCUUCCCCGGCCUCAUCAAGCACGGCGACGAGAGCGGCGGGCAGAUGCAGUUCCGCAACGUCAUUGCCAAGGCCAGGGUUCUGUGCAGCCCUAGUGACUGA